GAACGCAACGCAGCCCGGAGAGCAGCUGCCGAGCGGCGCUGGCGUGUUUUGAAGAAACGUCGACGUUCCUUCCUCCUUUGUGGAAACGCUGCAACGUUUUCGGCGGAUCUGCUGCGUCUGUCGGCUAAUCGAGGAGUUCUCCGUUUGAUCGCCGCCGUUUCCUUUCCUUCCUGAACCCCCCACCCACCCCCUCCACCCGCCCGCUUUGAAUCCACAGCUCUCGGUCUGUCGGACGGACGGACGGACGUGUCGUCGGGAUAAUGGAGUCCGUGUCGGACAGUAUCCGCCCUCAGAGGCUGCAGCCCGGGAUCGGAUUUGGAUCAACGGGGACUCUCCGCUCCUCUCUCCGGCCCGGGGUUACGGUUCCCAUCGCACCCCUCUUACCUCCCCCGGCCUCCCUGUGCGCCGCGUCCGGCCCACCUCCCCCGCCGCCCCCGCUGCAGUUCCACAGUCUGUACGGCACUAUGGGAGGCGCGGGGCCCGGAUCUGGGGCCGCCGGAGCCGGACUGUGCAACCCGGGGAACCCGGCGGUGUUGAAGGAGGCGGUGGAGGCUGUAGUCCGCAGCUUCGCCAAGCACACGCAAGGUUACGGAAGAGUUAAUGUAGUGGAGGCUUUACAGGAAUUUUGGCAGAUGAAGCUGACCAGAGGAGCAGACCUCAGGAAUGGCGCUCUAGUUGUCUAUGAAAUGGUUCCGUCCAACAGCCCGCCAUAUGUUUGCUAUGUCAGUCUUCCAGGAGGUAGCUGCUUUGGGAGUUUCCAGUUCUGCCCGACCAAGGCGGAGGCGAGACGCAGUGCCGCCAAGAUUGCACUCAUGAACUCUGUUUUCAAUGAGCACCCCUCCCGCCGCAUCACGGAUGACUUCAUUGAGAAGAGCGUCUGUGAGGCCCUGGCCUCUUUCAAUGGAAACAGAGAGGAGGCAGACAAUCCCAGCACGGGGAUCGGAGCGUUUCGCUUCAUGCUCGAGUCCAACAAAGGGAAAUCCAUGCUGGAGUUUCAGGAACUGAUGACGGUAUUUCAGCUUCUCCACUGGAACGGAAGCCUCAAGGCCAUGAGAGAAAGACAAUGUUCCCGACAGGAGGUGCUGGCUCAUUAUUCCCAUCGGGCGCUGGAUGAUGACAUGCGCACCCAAAUGGCUGCUGACUGGGUGAACCGAGAACAGUCAGUCGCCGGCACCAUCAGCCAGGAGCUGGCCUCAACUGAGCGGGAGCUGGAGGAGGCGCGGCUGGCGGGGAGAGAAUUGCGUUUCCACAAGGAGAAGAAAGACAUCCUGAUGUUAGCUGUGGGCCAACUCAACGCCGCCAACGCUGCCACCCUCCCCUCUCACUAGAUCAGCCUUUCUUUGUUGGGGGGGGGGGGGUUUGGCCAAAAAAAAAAGCCUUCACAAUCCUGGUACCAGUAUUGAACACUUUCCUGAGGUAAUAUUGAUCAAUCUCAGCUUUUUUUUUUUUUUUAGAUGUUUCUAUCUCUUAUGACCUUGUGAGGAUCAGAUACUCAAACCUUUUGUUUAAUGCACAUCCAUCCUCUGUAAAUAGCGAUUAUCGCUGUAGCCGUUACAGCUUUGUGCCUAGUGAGUACAGGAUAGCGGUGCUUUUACUUUUUAAAAUGAAAACAUGUAAAUGUGCUUGGCAUACAAGCUGACCGGAAUUUACAGAUUUUACAGUUUUGUUGUCAUAAGCGCGCCUCGUGCAUAACAGAUCCAUUAUGGCACUACAGAGACAGAGCCUGCCUUUCAUUAGUGAAUGUACCGGGUGUGUUUGGGUAUGAGCCACCAAUCUGGUCCCGUUAUGGAUCACUGAAGUCAGAUUAGUGUUUCCCCCAUAAGUUUUAAGUGUAUUUACCUAAAUAUUCUGAGUAGCGGCUGUUGUGCUGAGGGAAGUAAAGGUCGUCUUGCACAGUGGAAACCGCUUAUACUGGUGAAAAGUCUGCAGACAGACUCGUCCCUAUGCUAAUGCUGUGAUCAAACUGGUCUGCGAUAAGUGAUACAAGCGUCUAUUUUUAAAAUGUUUAAUUAUUUCUGAGCUUACUCCACCUCCGAAAUCGCCUGGUAGCCUAAAGCGGCAUUGGUUUACUUUCAUUUUUAGGCCUUGGCCUACCAUUAUUAAAAAUGUACUGUAGGCAAUACAACAUCAAUGCUACUGUAACCUGUAGUCUAUUUUCAAAUUCCUGUUCGGAUGUUUUAUCGUACGAUAAUCGACAGUAGGUUACUGUGUUUCAGUCAGUUUAAAUCCAGUAAAAUAGAUAUUGUUUAUUUCAUUACAGGGCGGCACGGUGGCGCAGUGGUUAGCGUGGUCGCCUCACAGCAAGAAGGUCCUGGGUUCGAAACCUGGGGUUGUCCAACCUUGGGGGUCGUCCCGGGUCGUCCUCUUGUAUGGAGUUUGCAUGUUCUCCCCGUGUCCGUGUGGGUUUCCUCUGGGGGCUCCGGUUUCCUCCCGCAGUCCAAAGACAUGUAGGUCAGUUGAAUCGGCCGUACUAAAUUGACCCUAGGGUGUGAAUGUGUCAUCCCUGUGAUGGACUGGCGGCCUGUCCAGGGUGUCUCCCCGCCUGCCGCCCAGUGACUGCUGGGGUAGGUGCCAGUAUCCUGCGACCCAAAUUUGGAUAAGCGGCUUGGAUAAUGGAUGGAUGGAUAUUUCAUUACAUAGUUUAGAAGUGAACACGAGUCAAUUUGAUGGUCAUGCAAAGAAAAAAAAAUUACUCAUCUUCGCACUGGAUUUGCUCAAGUAGGGGCCCCAAGGGGCAAUGCACAGUGGGCCCCACCAACCAGACCAAUUGUUCACUCUUGUAUGUUGUGCAUGUACAAAGAGAGGAUACGGCCCCUCUUAAGGUCCUAUCGGUUCAUUUGAUAUUGUUUAAAUGGUGUAUAUUCCCAAAUAAAUUUGCAUUCAAUCAAAUUACCACAAAGCAAUUGACACUGUGGCGAACCUGAACCUUGCAGUCAUCAUGUUGGCCUGAACAAAUGUGAACACCUCAAGCGGUUUCCACUGUACUUUAAGGCAGGAUGCAGGCAUCUUUAGCCAUUCAAAUUAUUCCCGUAUACACAAAAUGAACAGAAUAGCUCACAUAUUGCCAUGAAUACAGAACUUACACAGACAGCAAAAACCUAUGCCAACAGUAAAUAGUAUAGUGUUUACACAUUGCAGAAUCCCAGCUAAUAUUAGCAUAUCCCAUCCCUCAUAAUUGGCAUAUGACCUCCUCGUUGUAAAUGUGGUAUGUGAGGUAAACUUAUUCCAUGGUAUAACAGAGCAUUAUGAAUAAUAUAGCAGUUUAAAGUGUGCGUGUAAAGACAGUCUUUGGCUCUUGGAGUAUUUGGGUGAAUAGGACAAUGUCAGCCGGGUUUCAUACUGAUGGCCUUAACAAUAGCUCAGGUAUCUGACAAGUCAGAUAACGGACCAUCCUUAUGUUGUCCUUUUUACGGCUCAUCAAAACUAUUGGGACUAGUAGAAUGUACACUUUCAGCUUAAUAUAACUAAGGGGCCUUUAAAACAACAUUUCUCUAGAUUUUUUUUACAUUUUUUUGAUAUACUCUGUUCACACCAAUCUGUCUUAUCUUACCGAUUGUGUUGGCUCUGUGUGCUGAAAUGCUCUCAAUGGAGGGGGACGUUUCUGUUGAAAUUUGAAUGAACCGGUGGGUAAAAAGAAGCUUACAUGUUCAGUUUUGGAAGAAUCAUGUUCGCUAAGUCAUUUCCGUCCAAACAAUACUUGCACUUAUUGCUUGACUUUUGAGAUAUUGGAAACAGAUUUUGUGUGUGUGUGUUUGUGCGUGUGUGUGUGUGUGUGUGUGUGUGUGUGUGUGUACUGUAGGUCAGUAGGGCUUAAACCAGUGUUUUCUGAAAAUUCACAUAUAGCGCCUUUCAGACUUAUGACAGCACAGCUGACUGUGAUUUUUCUUUCCCGAGCAAGUCCUCUCUGUUUCUUGACGUUUUGAUACGGUAUUUUUUUCCUCUUUUGUGAAGGCAUUUCUAAGUUGUGGUUCUUUAAAAAAAGAAAAAAAAAGAAACCCAUUAAAAUGGAAAGCUCGGUUCACGACAUGUGGCUCUAAUAAAAAGAAAUGAUGGGCUGGAGCCAUGUGAAUUAAACACAUUGGCACAUUGGAUUAGGCACAUUGGCCCACUCGGUGCUGGCUCGGUGAUCAACAGCAGACGCCAAUGUUAGACAAUGUCUGAGGAGUUGGCAAUCAAAUAGAGAAACUGAAAAAAUCUGAAGGAUGACAAGAAGACAGAUGGAGGAGUCAAAAUCAUACUCAUGAGAUUAUGGUGUUGAAAUUGCUUAAAUGCGUUGCAGUGGUGGAGCAAGUUGUCCGCAACUCCAUUCAAUUGUUACUCCGUGGGGUUUUUAACAGACAGUUUUGACUCUGCUAUUCUUUGUCCUUUAUCGUCGGUAUUGGAAGUUACAUCCAAAAGUAAUGUUAUAGAUUACAUGUUGGAUUUCAAUCAAAGUUACUAACGUACAUGAUGGUUACAUUACCUUUUAUGCAUUAUGUUGUGUAUCAGUGUUAGAAAUAUAUUUCUGUACUUCAUGUUACUUUAAAAAAGUAACUGUUACUCUUCCCAGUAUAAAGGCAAAUAUCUUAUUAUACUGUAAGUUGCUGAGGUAAUGUUCUUUUCAUUGUAACUUGUAGUUACACAGUGAGAUACCCUCAGUACAUAUCGUAAUCAGUCUUGCUUUAAGGGCUUUCUUGCAGAUGUGUCCCGAUUGUGCCGUUCUGACAAUUCAACGGAUAAUUCUCACUGAAAAGUGAAAUGAAAAACUUAAGUAAUUCAUUGGUUUUGCCCUGAAAACUCAUCUAUGGAUGAUUUUUUUUUUAUACCACACCUCCUGGUUGGUUACAGUAGCAAACAGAUGACAUCCGGUCCACAUUGCUGUCUCAGUUGAAGCACUCCACACCUGCCUUUGAACCUUAAACCGGACCAGGAAAUGAUGCAAAUUAAAAAAAUUAAAAAUUAUAACAAACAUUUCAUGGUCCGCAUUACAGGCGAGUGGCUCAAGAUCUGGUGUUGUUUGUUUGUGCAUCUUUGUCCUUAUAAUUUAAAUGCAUUAAUAUUUGAUGAAUUACCACUACCUUUAAGCCAUUAAUUUGAUAUAAACACCUUUGAUACCAUAUCCCACAAGGCUUGUUUUAUACAAUGUUAAAAUAUGUUAAACUUAUAUAAACUCUUGUAUUUCUUUAAUUUUACUGUCCAUUUUUAUACAAAGAUCUUUGGCUUCUUGGUUUGGGCCUGGAUACAUGAUGUAUUCAUCCAUUUUCUGGUUUUAUAUGUUGUCGUUUUUUUCUAUACAGCAUCAUUUUAUACAAAUGUUUCAUAAGGCCUCAAAUUGUGUGUAUUUUUAUGUCCGAUUUUAAGCCUUUUUAUCCAUGUUUAUACUUUAAGUAGAUUUAUAUACAGUAAUAAAUGUCCAAUACAAAUGUGAAA